GCAGCACACAGUGACUGGUGGUUGUUUACAUCCGGUCAGAGCUUUUAUUGAAGUCACGUGUCUCCGAGGUUCCGUCAGAACGUUUGUAGAACCAGAACCAGACCAGAACCAGAACCCGGUGUGAGCCCGGUGAUGGUCGGACCUGCUCGGUAGUUCGAUCCCGGAGCUGGAGACAUGGCGCCGGGCAGACGGAGCCACAAGAAGCCGCUGAAGCUGAACUGUGAGUGGGGCCCGUGUCAGGAGGAGUUCAGCCGGAUGGAGAACUACUGCAAGCACGCGGAGGGUCACCUGACCUCCGAGGAGGAGGAGGAGGAGGAAGGAGGUGAGGAGGAGGAGGAAGGAGGUGAGAGGACGUGUCUGUGGAGGGACUGCGGGUUCUGCUCUGUGGACGGUCCCGAGGAGCUGAGACGACACCUGUUCUUCCACUGUUAUCACACGAAGCUGAAGCAGCUCGGUCAGCAGGUUCUGAACGCUCAGCCCAAGAUCGGCAGCUGCUCCAUCGGAUACCAGAACCGCAACACCAUCCCCGAGAUCCCCGACAACUUCACCUGCCUGUGGGACGAGUGUGAGCAACCCCCGUUUGAAAACCCUGAGUGGUUCUACCGUCACGUGGAGAUGCACAGUCUGUGCGUGGACGUCCCGGCAGGAGAUUGUGAAUUCCCGGUGCGCUGUGGAUGGAAAGACUGUGAGGCGACGGCUAAAGGACGCCCGAAGCUGAAGGAGCACCUGCGCAGCCACACCCAGGAGAAGGUGGUGGCCUGUCCGGGCUGCGGCGGCAUGUACGCCAGCAACACCAAGUUCUUCGACCACAUCAUCCGACAGAGCGCCAUGGAGGGUCAGAGGUUUCAGUGCUCUCACUGCUCAAAGCGAUUCGCCACAGAGCGCCUCCUGAGGGAUCACAUGAGGACUCACGUGAGCCAUUACAAAUGUCCGCUGUGCGACAUGACGUGUCCGUCGCCGUCUUCGCUCCGUAACCACAUCAAGUUCCGUCACAGCAACGAGAAGCCGUACAGCUGCGAGUACUGCGAGUACAGGUGUAAGAACCUGGUCGACCUGCGGAAACACCUGGACACGCACAGCAGCGAGCCGGCGUUCCACUGCAACGCCGCCGGCUGCAGCUUCACGUCCCGAACGCUCGGCACCAUGAGGAUCCACCACAGACGAGAACACGAGGGGAACUUUGUCGCACGCUACAAAUGUCACGUGUGCGAUCAGUGCUUCACCCGAGGGAACAACCUCACCGUCCACCUGCACAAGAAACACCAGUUCAAGUGGCCGUCCGGACACCCGAGGUUCAGGUACAAAGAGCAUGAGGACGGCUUCCUGCGGCUGCAGCUGAUUCGCUACGAGAGCGUGGAGCUGACGGAGCAGCUGAUGAGGGAGCGACAGAGCCGGCAGGAGGACGAGGACGGAGGACAGACAGAGGAGAUGGAGGAGGAGGAGGAGGCCCCGACGGGGGCGGCCCUGAGAGGAGUGCUCCUGGAGGAGCAGAGGACGGAGGAGACAGAUGAUGGCGCCGCUGACGGCGAGGAGAUGAUGUACGUCCUCCGUGGAGGGACGGACUCUGCUCAACAGCAGACGGUGUGAUGGAAUCGUGACGGAGACGUGACGGAGACGUGACGGAGACGUUCCGUGUGGAUGAAGGAUUGACGCCUAUAUUAGGUUGUGAUCAAGUUUUAACCGUUCUGUUUACGAAUGUCGACCUGCCAGUAUUUUUAGAUCCAGUCAUCGUGUGUCAGACUGUGGUGGUCCCUGAAUGCAGCACGCCAUCCGGGCGGUGCGUUCGCAGUCAUCAUCCAUCACAGAGGACUCUACCUCAUUAACUCAUUAACUCUUUGUUCUUUUUAACGCUCCAAUAAAGUCGUUUGCAGAAAUCAC